AUGGAUCCCGGGAAGGAGCAGACGGGCACGCCCGAGCCCGGCGCGGCGGCGUGGCGCACCCGCGCGGUGUGCGGCACGGAGUACAGCUGGUGCCGCGCCGUGCCGGGCGGCACCGGCACCACGCUCCUCGCGCUCCGCCUCUCGCGCCGCGGCGCCGCCGCGGCCGAGGCGGCCGUCCGCUCACUCCAGAGCGCGCACCCCGUCCUCCGCGCCCACAUCCGCGCGGCCUCCACCUCCAGCCCCACCCUCGCCCUCCCCUCCCCCGCUCCGCAGCUCGCCCUCGCGCCCCAGCCGUCCGCGCUCGACUUCGACUCACUCCUGGAGCGCGAGCUCAACAGCAACCCAUGGGCGGCCGAGAACGGGCCCGACGGGGCCCCGGUGCUCUUCGCCGCGCUCUACGAGCUUCCCCCGCCCGCGGGCGGCGCGGCUCUGUUCGUCCGGAUCCACACGGCCGCGUGCGACCGCGCGGCGUCUGCGGCGCUGCUGAGGGAGCUGCUGGCGCAUCUGGGCGGCGCGGGCGACCCGGAGGAGGAGGAGGAAGCGGCGGUGGAGGCGGGGCUGGAGGACAGGAUACCGCAGAAGGACGCGUGGAAGCCGUUCUGGGCGCGUGGGGUGGACAUGGUGGGCUACUCCAUCAACGGCCUGCGCACGUCCACGCUGCCGUUCGUGGAGACCGGCACGGCGAGGUCGACGCAGAUGGUGCGCCUCGCGUUCGGCCGCGAGGAGACGACGCGCCUGCUCGAUGCGUGCAAGGAGAACGGGGUGAAGCUUUGCUCGGCCAUGGCUGCCGCGACGCUGCUAGCUGCACGGCAAUCUAAGAAGCUGGACAGUGGCCAGCAGGAGACGUACUCUGUGGCGACCCUGAUCAACUGCCGCCAGUUUCUUGAGCCAGCUUUGGACGAUCACAACGUUGGGUUCUUCUACUCUGCCAUCACCAACACCCACAAGAUACACGGAGAGGAGGGGCUGUGGGAGCUGGCCAAGAGGUGCCACGAUUCCUACAUCAGUGCCAAGAACAGCAAGAAGCACCUCACCGACACCGCCGACCUCAACUUCCUCAUGUGCCGGGCCAUCGAGAACCCGCAGCUGACGACGGCCUCCGCGCUCCGCACUGCGCUCGUCUCCGUGUUCGAGGAGCCGGCAACCUACGACGGCCUGUCCGACCUGCAGAGCAAGGCCGGCGUGGAGGAGUACGUCGGCUGCGCCACCGUGCACGGCAUCGGCCCGUCGAUCGGCGUGUUCGACUCUGUCAGGGACGGGCAGCUGGACUGCGCGUGCAUGUACCCUUCUCCUCUGCAUUCCAGGAAGCAGAUACAGGAGAUAUUCGACAAGGUGAAGCGGAUUUUGGGCGAAGGGUGCAACGCGGGUGAUGAGAAACCAUGA